UAAUUAAUUACUUAAUUACAAAUUAAUUACAUUUUUUAUAUAAUCAUGACGGCACAAUUUUAAAAGUAUGGUAUAGUCACGCAGGUAUUAAUUUCCUGGUGUCAAAGUUGCUACCGCUUGGUCUUAAAAGUAUACCGGUCGACACCGGUCUAUUUUUAUCCGAUCGGUAAAAAUUUGUUACCGAUAUGGUAAAACUUUAAUACCGAGGUAUUACUACACUGCAUUACUAACCACUACCACUUUGGUAGAGUCACAUAUGAAUACCGCUUGGUAAUAUUUUAAUGCUAUAUUUCUAAGAGCGGCAAUAUACUAAAGAACUGCAAUUAACCUUUUAAAAUUAAUCUAAUCCUAAGUAUAUAUAUUCCAACAAAUCAAAUUACAACAAAAUGAUUAAUUGAUACCGGGAGAAUAAUUAACGCAAAAUUAAUCUUCACGAUCGUCUAAAAAUGAUCUUGCAAAUCACGAUUUUGCUAAUAUGCAUUCUAAUUCCAAGCAAUCAAGUAAUUAAUUACUCAAAGUAAUUAAUUACUUUGUUACUCAAUUGAAGCGAAGUAAUUAAUUACUAAUUAAAAUUACAUUGCCACAAAGUAAUUAAAGUCUAAUUACUAAUUACUUUCUCAAUUUUUCUUGUAAUUAAUUACGUAAUUAAUUACUACAACACUGGGCUGAGGAUAGUGCUAGCCUAAAUGAGAGAUCUGGGUGGUUAGCCGUACUUGGGGAAAAAUGCAAACGCGGGAAUAUGGAGGAUAUAAAAAAGUUAGAGAAAUAUGGCGAGCCAAUUCCAAUCUUGUCGUUCCCAUCUUUUCCUUCCGGUCUGGAAGAUCAGUCAUCGAACCGUUCGACACAAUGGAAAAUUAUGAUGGACGUGCUGCCAAAGAUUGGAGAAGCGGCAAGUUUUAUCCACCUAAUUGCAGGGAUAUUGAUCAACGCGGCGGCUGAAACAUCGGCUUUCUUCGUUGAAGCGAACGACACGAUGGUAGAGAUUAAGGCGCUGGAGGGAAAAAUUGAACGGAAGCGGGUUACCGAUUGGAUGGAGUAUAUCAAAGUCUCUGUUGUUUCCGCGACAGAAGAAUUCCAGCAAAUGCUAGACCUGAAAUGUUGCGGAGAGUAUAAACGAUCCACGAUAAUGUCGUGCAAAUCCAAGCUACACGAAAUUUACGGCAGAUUUACCAGUAUGAGCAUUUACUCUGAGAACAAGUUAAUCUUUGCGCCAUACUUUGUCGAAUUUGCGAGUUUUUACAUCAAAUUUAUCAGGACUUCAGUAUUGGUUAUGCCGGAAUUAUUGGGUGAGCUGGUUGAGAAGUUAGAAAAGUUGAAGGAAUGUAUUACCGAUUAUAGGGAAUCAGCUGUAUCUGAACGAAUUGCGGCUGUUAGCCAUACGCGUGAUGAUAUCCGCGAGAUAAUGUUGACUGCUGGUAAAAUAGUGGGAACUUUUGGAAUGGCAACUAGGUAUCCGGCAGCGAGGGUGAUCGACACGAUGUACCCGGGAAAGGGUAAAAUAGACCGGCGCGAAUUUUACACGAAUUAUGAAAUUGACUACUGUGAACAUAAUAUGGCUGUGGUGUUGUAUUCCCGUUAGGUUUUUCGUAACAUUCCUGCAUUCUGAUUGAUUGUUGACAUUCUAGCUUCACCUAUCAGAAGGGAUGUAAACUUGUGAUUCCAAUUAUGAUUAUAAUUAUGAUUAAGAUUAAGAUCAUAAUUAUGAAUACGAUUCUUCUUAUGAUAAAUAAAUUUCCUAUGCAACAUAAAAAAUUUCCUUAGCAGUAUAACAAAUUUCCUUAGCAACAUAAAAAAUUUCUUUACAUAGCAACAUAAGAAAUUUUCCGUAGCAACAAAACCAAUCCAUGAGCAACAUAAAAAAAUUUCAUUCGCAAAGUUAAACGACUUCGUAGCAAAAUUAUAUAACCCUUAGUCCGUUGGAUUUUAAACGACGUCAAGAUCUGAGAAGAGCAGGUGGUGAACCUCCCCUCCUAAGUAAUAAUUAAAUUUUUAUAUACAUAUGUAUUCGCUUGAUUUAAAUCUUCCAUGCAAACAAUCAUUUAUCCAUGUAAUCACCCUAUUGAUUGGAUAUAUCAGGCAGCUAAUUCCGAUUAAUCUUGUAGCUGUCAUGAUAAUGAAAUCCAACUUUGCAACACAAUUAACAACUAACUUGUAUCUUUUGCAUUCUGUCUGGUUUAGUCUGCACUCUUUCUGGUCUCGAAAAAUUUUCCAAUAAGUUAUUCAGCUACAAUGAAAAUACCCACAAUUUUCGCAACAAUUUCCCUUCUUUCCGCCGUUUUGGCUGGGACUCCUUGGAUCCCAGAGCCACGUGACGGAUCCUGGCUUGAACGACACGAAGGGUUCGUCAACAAUUCUUUGAUAAACGGGGGUCAAAUCAACCUUCUCUUUUACGGUGAUUCCAUUACUGACAACUGGGACGUGGAUGAUCCAUAUUGGGGCGCUAAAGAAAUAUAUGACGAAUAUUAUGCUCCCUUGGGUUCUGCAAACUACGGAGUGGGCUCGGACAGAACGGAACACGUGCUUUGGCGAAUUAUUCAUGGGGAAGUGGAAAAUUUGCGGCCAAAAGUUUGCGUUUUAAAAAUUGGAACGAACAAUUUGGACGAAAACACCGAUGUCGACAUCGCCCGUGGAAUUGCCGCCAUCGUUACCGAACUCAGGUCCCGCUUACCAGAGACAAAAGUGCUGUUGCUGGGAAUCCUUCCGCGCGAGAAUUCUGUAAUGACGAGCCGAUGUGACAAUAUAAAUGGGAUGAUAUCCAUCCUGGAUAAUGGAAACUCGGUGCGAUACCUGAAUAUGAGGGGUGCUUAUUUUGACGGGAAUUUCUUCUAUGAAGGAUUAUAUGUCCAUGAUUUGAUUCAUCUUUCCAAGUUGGGAUAUGCAAAAUGGCAGGAGGUGAUGGAUCCCUUGUUUUCGGAGAUGUUUAACUCGACUAAUUGAUAAACUCAUAUAUUUAUCUGGUUUACUUUUAUUCAAGCAAAAUCGGAAAUUAAAAAUGUACACGAUUGUAUCCGCUUAAUGGUUAAUGAGAACAUGUUUACUUUCGUAAGGAACAGUAAAUAAUUAAUAAAAUGAUUAGCAUUUCCCUGA